AUGAGCUGUGAUGUGCGCGAAUUCGGACUGUUUCAUUUUUCUGUCGCAGCUGAGCGAUACGAAGACCUAUUAACCAUCAAUCAAGGGUACAAAUUUACGAUUCCAUCUGAUAAUCCUGUGGAUAUAUAUUCCGUUGUUGAUGAAGUUGCCGCGGCUCUUGCGAAAAAAUGUCUUGACGAAGAAUGCGUUGGGGAUACAGUUCUUGUGGUCGUAGAAAAUGAUGCCGGAAUCACAUUCAAGCGCGAAGAGUGUCUUUCCAAGAAAAGCAGGGAAAAAGAGAUCAUUGGUGAUGCGAUAAAAGAACUGAUAAGAAUGGAGUUUAUGUGGAAAAGACAGAAAAUCAGCAUUUUAAAAGUAUCGCUCAAGUACAAAAAGGCGAUGGAAAUCAAGGAAGAGAACAAACACUUCGGGAGUACAUUUUUCACGCACGAAUGUUACCAGGAAAAUCGUGAUCUUGCAAUCAUUGACGAAAAGGAACGUAGAGGAAAGGUCAACUGGGUGAAAGCGAAGACAGAUAAUUCACCCCUCAAAACCAAAGGAAGAAAAUCGAAGAAGGAAAUGAUUAAGACUAAAUCAAUCACUGCUUUAUUUGCAGAAAACAUGACAAAUGUCCCUGGAACUUCAAAGAUGAAUCUCUUUCUUCCGGAAGAAAACUCAAACUCAAGGGAUUCUUUCGUGAGUUCGACUCCCUCCACUCCUGUCCCAACGACAAAGUUUCCAAAAGCAGCGCCACUUGUCCAAGAGUACCGAGAUAUCGAUGAAAACAGCAUGGAUGCGUAUUUGGAGAGCAUAAUAUCUGAUCCAAAAGAACGAGAGCUCAUGAAAAAGUUCUCUGGGCUGAAAACAAAACCGAUUGUCAAUCACGUUAAAAAAGAACCACCGAAAACGGCUGCAAAGUCCAAACGAGGCCGACCAAAGAAGACUCCUCCAAAGAUAACGGGAUCUGUUCAAAGCAGCGCAAUUUUUCAAAUGUUCAAAAAGAGCGAAGACAAGAAAAAAUCAAAAUAG